UGCUCUCAACUUCCUGAAACCAUGAACGUGCUGCUGAUCAUCGUAAGUGUUGCCCUAAUGAUGGGCUCAUGCAGAGCUGGUCGUCUCUACGGCGGAGGACUUGGUGGCUUUGGAGGCGGUUUCGGUGGCGGCGUUGGUGGCGGAUUUGGAGGCGGAUUUGGAGGCCACGGUGGCGGCUUUGGAGGCGGAUUUGGUAGACGUUACUACGGCGGAGGGGCAAUCAUUGUUCCAGCCAUAGGUGGCCUAGUUAGUUCAACUACUAGCUACGGCUUUGGAGGUCAUGGAGGUUACGGUGGUUCUUUGGGAGGCUUUGGGGAUCACUAGGAGGUAUUGGCCAUGGAGGUUUCAUCGGUGGUAUUGGUGGCCAUGGUGGUAUCGGAGGCCAUGGUUUGUACGGUAGGAGAUAUGGGUAUGGAAAGUAAUUACAGCACUAAAUGAAAAUAGUAACGAAAUUUAAUGUAUAUAUAUUACUGAUCGCAAUAAUAAGACUGAUUUUUCCAUUGUAAAUAAUAAACCUUUUUAGGCAGUAUUUCCAAACGAGAAUUAUUUUAAUAAAAAAAUUAAGCAAUUUCUUUAUGAAUUGUUAUACAUAUUCAUGAUCAAUUAUUUUUUUCAGUUUUUAACUGCAAUUGUACCAUUAUAAAAAACUA